AUGUCGUUUCCCAGUGGUAGCUAUCAUUCUGAUGCAGACGUCAUCCCAACUUAUACUGUCUGCAUUAUUGGUGAUCCACAGUCCGGGAAGUCCUGUUUCUGCAAUCGGUUUGUCUACUCGCAUCCUGACUGGUAUCAAGAGGGUCAUCCCUCAGUGCUAAGUGAGGCAGAUUUUAGUGGGCCGGUGGUCAAUUUUGACCACUGGUUGUACUGGGGCACUGUUACGCGUCGCUUAGAUGACGAGGCAAGCGUCCGAUUCUGUGUGAUAGAGCAGACCGAAUUUCUGAGUGAUGCUACCUCUCUUCCCUUCCGCUCCCCUAAAAAGCUUUCUCUCUCAUCCAACGCUUCCUCUAUCCACCUGAAUAACGUUGCUACAGCAUCCGGUGUAGCCAGCCCUACGAAUGUUACCCCUUUCCCUCUCAAAGAGUUGCAUUCGUCGAAUCGCUUACAUGAUUAUAUCCUACGCAGCACCGCCAUUAAUCUUUACUCUCCCGGGAAACUACGCUACUACUCUUUUGAAAAACUCGGCCAAGAACAACACUGCCAACAAGAAUCUUUUCAUAAUCCAGGUCCACUUGAAGUCCAUGGCUUCUUGGUAAUUUAUGAUGUGAGCCGCCGUGCCUCAUGUCAUGAUCUCCCCGAUCAUCAUCAGCAACAAUUCUCCUUCCUUGUUGAUGUCCUCACUCUUAUUUCGAAGCGGAAGAAACCCAUUGUUGUGGUUGCCUCGAAACGGGAUGCUGUUGACGAGCAAUGCCUUUCGGGCGUUAUCCAGUUUCUCCAAAAAUCUGCCGAUUUUCGCAAGAUUCCCAUCGUCGAAGUCUCAGCACACAGAAAUAUCAACGUGGAAUUAGCUUUUCUUACACUUGCCCGGCUGUUGGAUGGCACUGGCAACGGCAACAAAUCCCGAUGCUCAAAAAUAAAGUUGCUCUCCUACCAGGAUGCGAUUAGAGAGCAGGAAGAACACCAGAGGCGACUUCGGGAGGCAUUUGUAAAUAGGGUGUCGCUAUCUCCUGUUGGAUUUUUGACUGACUGGCAGACUUUUUUAUCACGUUAUAGUCAUCAGAGUGAUGUAGCAAGGUUCAUUGAUUUGUGGGGUUCUGAAGUCGCCAGGGAGACGUUUGAACAAUUCACAGCUCAAUGGAAAAAUGAGACUAAGCGUCGACAUUUGGCUAAACUUCCUGAUGCACUCUCGACGAUGCUGCUCUAUGUUGGGCCCGUCACAAACCAGUACGCAUGUUGUACCAUAUCUCUACAGAUCACGAAACCUCACCUUUUUGUGCCAACAUUAUGUGUUGCCCACCUUUUCUAUCAGAAGUAUGGAAGCUUGCUUUCGGGGUUCAACUUUGCUGGUCAACAGCCUGGCCUUAUUGUAUCUGGUGUGAAAACUGCUGUCUGCUUGGCAAGCAUUUAUUUGGGUUUCUCGGCACGGAAACCUCCAGGUGAUAUUCUUCAACGACUACGCACUCACUCCCAGUUCGAACACUUCUUUAUCAGUGAAAAAUCAUCCGACGACCCUAUCAACGAUAGCAACUUUCUUCAGCGCCAUGGUGUUCAGAAAGACGAGUCGAAAAUUCCCUUUUCUUUGGCCCUUAAAGAACCCCCUGAUAAUGGUGACUCGCCAUUUAUUGAGUCCAUCAAGUCGCUUGUUUGUGCUGAGGCCUGGGCUGCAAAUAUGUCGGCUUUCGAAGACAUCCUCUUACAACGCCAAUUUAUUGGUACCAAAGAUUUUUCUUUAACUAUCCUUCCUGGACAAUCCUUUAACGACUACAAACUCUCCCUAAUCGAUUCUGGGUCUGAUCUGAGUCACGAGGAAAAGCUUGAGGUGUACCAGAAAUUCCAGGAAUGUAUUCGCCUGACCGCUCGUGAGGAGUUUCUUGACCUCCUGCUCGAACAUCUCCCCCAGUUUAUUUGCGUUGUCUCCGAUUAUUUAACUUGUCUCGGUGAUAAUUACAUUACGACAGCCGCCUCUGUUUUACAGACACCGCCCAAUCGUUUCCCUGAUAUGAACCGCAGUCGACCGGCUUCUCCUGUCAGUGAGCAGACCAAUGUCCCCAUCCGAUCUGUUCAACUGCCUUCUGCGGAUAUUCGGCUUUGUGCUGGGCUUGCACCACCUCGAGGUGCCAAGGAACAGCAACUUGGAUUAAUUCGUGAUCGAAUUUCUUGUGAUCGUCGCUAUCGCGCCAUGGACUACAUGCCAAGUGAACGCCAGACCCUUCUUGCUAGUCACUUCGAUAUUCUCCUUCCCCGAUCAUCAAAAACUGAAAUUUCGCCGUCGCAGCCUCAGACCAGUUUUCAUCGACACUACUCCUGCUCUUUUGUGGAUCAAAAUAACUCCUUUAAGUUGGCCUUCCCUCUGCCUCACUGUCCAGCUUACCAGACUGGUCGGUGUAUGGAUCUACUUUUCACAAAUCUCUGUUCUGAUUUUGGGUGGGGUGUCAGAUGGGAGCAGGGCAGCUUUUCCAGUCAUCUUUCGUGUCUUCUCGGUCAAGGUGGUGACAAGCGUUUGUGUGUGGCGGUGUGUGCUGUGUGCACCGACGUCACAGCCGCAAGCGCCGCCAUCAAUCUUUUUCGGGCAGCUGGCUUUACGCCAGAAGGCGUGACUAGCCCAAAUCAGCUCACAACAUGUUAUUAUUCCGGUUCCACCCAGACUCUCGUCUCAUCUUGGCCGCUAGCUUCCACUCUGCUCACACCAGCUGAUAACGUGGCUUCCCUCAUUGGCAAUCCAAUGAUUUCCACUGUCAUGGGCACCGUACAAGCAACCUUCCUCUCUCAUCAUGAGGCAAGUUCACAUCGUCACUUCUUCAGUGUCAUCUGUCAGUGUUUCCCUUUGCAGCGAGUCUUAUGA